UAGCGUGACAAGCCAGUCACAGUGUGGGCCUAAAUAUAUUGCCAAUCACUUUGACCAUAGACUUUCCUUUUUAUCAAUCAAUCAAACUGAAACUCUCUCCUCGUUUUCCUUUUUACCUUUGUUUGUGUUUUUUUUUGGUUCUGUAUGGUUUUGAAAAAUGGCCGUGGAGUUCAUGAUGGACUAUAGGAACAACAAUUUCUCAGCCAAAAUGGAAGAGAACGCUGUGCAAGAAGCAGCUUCUGGGCUUGAAAGCGUUGAAAAGCUUAUCAGAUUGCUAUCUCAGACUCAGCAGCAACAACAACAACAACAACAACAACAGCAAUACCAAAUCCAAAGCCAAAGCCAAAGCCAAAGCCAAAACCAAUCGUCCUCUGAAAUGGAGAGGGACUGUAAAGCUGUAGCAGACGUUGCCGUUUCGAAGUUCAAGAAGGUAAUUUCUCUUCUGGGUCGGACCAGAACAGGCCAUGCUCGUUUCAGAAGAGGCCCUUUGGGUCCUCCACCACCACCACCACCACCUCUGGUGUCAAAUCAAAGUCAAGAAAGGUCAGCUCCUGAGCCUAGAGUUUACCAUGCCACCCCGAUCCAGCAGAUCCCACCUCUUCCUCAAUACCACGGCGAGUCGUUUAUGCCCAAAAAUGGUGUGCUGGAGAGGAAGGACUCGUCAACGACGACCAUUAAUUUCUCGUACUCUUCGGCUGCGACUUCGUUCAUGUCGUCUUUGACUGGUGACACGGACAGCAAGCAACAACCUUCCUCUUCAUCUGCGUUUCAGAUUACGAAUCUGUCCCAGGUUUCUUCGGUCGGAAAGCCACCUUUGUCCACCGCUUCGUUGAAGAGGAAGUGCAGCUCCGAAAACUUAGGUUCCGGCAAGUGCGGAGGUUCCUCCGGCCGAUGCCAUUGUUCUAAGAAAAGCAGAAAAUUGAGAUUGAAAAGGGUAGUGAGGGUCCCUGCGAUUAGCUUGAAGAUGGCUGAUAUUCCACCUGACGAUUAUUCUUGGAGGAAGUACGGACAGAAACCCAUUAAGGGCUCGCCUCAUCCAAGGGGAUACUACAAGUGCAGCAGCGUGAGAGGAUGUCCAGCACGUAAACAUGUUGAGAGAGCUCUGGAUGAUCCAGCUAUGCUAGUUGUGACCUAUGAAGGCGAGCACAACCACUCUCUAUCUGUUGCUGAGGCUUCCAAUCUUAUCCUUGAAUCAUCUUAGAUCAUCAAGCACCAUCAAAAACAAAACAUCAAAAAGUUAAAUCACAGUGCUACGGAGCUUUUAUGUGUCACUAGCUAGAGGCUGUAGCAAGCAUCAUUAGCUGGCCCUGUCGGACUCAACUCUAUCUCGAAGGAGAUUAGUGGGUUAGUUCAAAAUUGCCUGUAACAAUUGGAUUCCUUUCUCUCUCUUUGACUCUAUGCAACCAUUAUAAUUAUAUAUAUAAAAAAAAUGGGGAAAAGGAGAAAGAUGGUGGAUUUGGUAAUA